GAUAUAUUUUUACCCGGACAAGCGGAGGGUUUUGCAUUUAGGGUUUAAGAGCGCAGCUUCCCAUCAUCCCAACGCUGUUCCACUUUCUCAGCCAGCGGUCUGUUAAUAUGUGGGCUCUUCGUCGAGCUUCGAUUCCUCUUAGGAGCCGAUGGCUCAAGCCGGGAACAUCUCGUGCUUGUCUCAAAUUAACACCAACUGCUUGUGUAGAAGAUGAGGGUGGUAUCUCCGAGUGUUGUCCUAUAUUAUUUGAUAGAUCUCCAUCAUUGAACACUGUUCACUACCACUCAGGAUACGCUUCACCGAAAUUUAAGGCUAGCAGACGUGAACUCUCUUCACAAGCUGAUGUGAGAAGCACAAAGGAGGAUGAUUUGGAAGAUGGAUUUUCUGAACUGGGAACAACUAUAGGAGAAAAUAAUGAUGAAAUAGUUUCUAACAAAUCAGAUCUAUCUGGUGAUGAUGAGAAUGCUGAGGAACCAGAAAACGAGCUGGACCUAUCUGAUACUGAGACUGAACCAACUGAGAAAACAUCACCAAAGCGAAGGAGGGCUAAAUCAGAAAUGCUCAAGGCAAUCUUAGAUGCCCCAGGUGUGACUAUCCGUUCUACCAUGGACAAGUGGGUUGAAGAAGGGAAAGAAGUAAGUAAGUCAGAGAUCUCAUUGGUCAUGCUUAUGCUUCGCAGGCACAGAUUGUAUGGGAAGGCUUUGCAGCUUUCAGAGUGGCUUGAGGAGAAAAACAUCUGGGAAUUUGCUGAGAGAGAUUAUGCAUCUCGACUUGAUUUUAUUGCUAAAUUGCAUGGCCUUCAGAAGGCAGAGAACUACAUAGAAAGCAUCCCAGAAUCUUUUAGAGGGGAGCUUGUGUACCGAACUUUACUGGCUAACUGUGUUAGUCAGACCAAUGUGAGAAAAGCAGAGCAAGUAUUCAAUAAAAUGAAGGAUUUAGAGUUUCCUCUUUCAGCAUUUGCUUGCAACCAAUUGCUGCUCCUUUAUCAGAAGGUUGACAAGAAGAAAAUUGCUGAUGUGUUAUUGUUAAUGGAAAGAGAGAAUAUUAAACCUUCUCCUUUCACUUAUCAAAUCUUAAUAUCUGCAAAAGGCCGGGCUAAUGAUAUAGCUGGAAUGGAUCAAAUUGUUGAGACAAUGAAGGCUGAGGGCAUUGAACCAGACAUCCAAACAAAGGCAAUCUUGGCUCAGCAUUAUGCCUCAUCUGGGCUCAAAGAAAAAGCUGAAGAAGUUUUGAGAGAUAUGGAAGGGGAAAACUUGACUGAAAAUCAGUGGGUAUGCCGGUUUUUGCUUCCCCUCUAUGCAGGCCUGGGAAAGACUGAUGAAGUUGGGAGGAUUUGGGAAGUCUGUGCAUCAAAUCCUCGGGUUGAUGAGUGUCUGGCUGCAAUUGAAGCUUGGGGAAGGUUAAAGAAAGUUGAAGAAGCAGAGAAAGUUUUUGAGAUGAUGGUGAAUAAAUGGAAGAAACUUAAUUCCAGGGACUAUACAGUACUCCUGAAGGUUUAUGCCAAUAACAAGAUGCUGAAGAAGGGUAAGGAUCUUAUUAGGCAAAUGGCAGAUAGUGGGUGCCGAAUAGGCCCAUUGACAUGGGAUUCAAUUGUGAAACUUUAUGUGCAAGCAGGGGAGGUGGAGAAGGCAGACUCUGUUUUGCAGAAGGCAGUGCAGCAGAACCGUAUGAAGCCAAUGUUCACUACCUAUUUGCUUAUUUUAAAUCAAUAUGCCCAGAGGGGUGACAUCCAUAAUUCAGAAAAGAUUUUCCAUAGAAUGAGACAAUCUGGUUAUGCCUCUCGUUUGAGCCUUUACCAAACUCUAAUCCAGGCCUAUAUAAAUGGCAAGCAGCCAGCGUAUGGGAUGAGGGAGAGGCUGAAAGCUGAUGACGUAUUCCCAAAUAGGAAUUUGGCAGGUCUGUUGACUCAAGUUGAUGCGUUUAGGAAAACGGCAGUUUCCGAUUUGCUUGAUUGAGGAAAUAAAUUAAUCUUUCCAAUAUGAUAGUUAGUUCCCCCCCCUCCCCCCAAAAAAAAAAAAAAAAUUCCUGUGCGCGCAGCUAUCAUUAGAGAAGUAGUUGGUUAAGCAUCUUCGAUUUGAAUGUUUAUCCUACAAAUUAAUUGCCGUCGAAUGUUGAAGAAGACUUGUCUUUAUUUUAUGUCAUGUAUUGUUGUUACAUAGCGAUAGAUAUUGUUCUUAUCACUUGUAUGGGUUGUUACCAGCACAACACGUGUGGGAAGGAAGUUUUUUCAAAAUUGGGUGCUGAAGCUGGCAUUUUCCCCGUCUUUGGGGGCAAAAUAUUGGAUGUAAGAUUCCAAUGCUAACCGCAAGCAAUGCUUUGCACUGAAUGUAAAAUAAUAUCCACACUGAUAAAUUUAGACUGUAUUUGCACAGGCACAGCAGGGUAGGUGGAGUAAUUUCUAUUCAAGGUAGCCGAUCAUGAUCCUUUGUAUGAUAAUGAAUCAUUAGAUUGAAUUUCACGGAAAGUAGAUUGCUGCU